AUGCUCUCUGGCCAACACGCUUUUAUCACUGGCGGGUCCCAGGGACUUGGCUACGCAAUUGCGCGGAAGUUGGGCUCUCAUGGGUGCCAGGUAACACUCUUGUCGCGGAAUCUCGAGAAACUUCAGCGCAAAGUUGAAGAACUCAACGAGAUUUAUCCACAUCCCCAAAAUCACGAUUGCGUAGCAUACGAUCUGAGAAACCCAAGCGGCCUCGAGUCGAUGGUGAAAAAUUACGAGCGCCUCAAAACAGCCAACAUCCUGGUCAAUUGCGCCGGCAUGUCGCAGUCCAGCCUGCUCAUGUCGACGCCCAGCCAGGAAAUUCAGGACAUCAUCAAUGUCAACCUCACGUCUCCGCUGAUCUUGAGCAAACUUUUUGUCAGGAACAUGUUGCGUCUGCAAAAUCCAAACAUAGUAAACAUCUCCUCAGUGCUGGCACGAGACUGUGCGCGAGGAACAGCAGCAUACAGCGUCUCGAAAAGCGGUCUCAACAAAUUGACCCAGACGCUGGCCUUUGAAAUGAAGUCCAAGAAAGUACGAGUGAACGCAAUCAUGCCGGGACUGAUGCCGGAGACAGACAUUGGAAAGAAAGUCACCAAGGGCACAGUAAAAUCGUCGCGUCUCUCCUGCGAAGAUGUGGCCGAAAAGGUGUUACUGUUGAUUGUUGAUCCGGAGCUAACAGGGGAGUGCGUUGCAGUUGAGUAG